AUGAUCAAUAUAGAUGCUGAAACCUUCACUCGCCUGUUGACCCAUUUGUCUGACAAGAUUUCUAUCCAGCAGAUGGGCUUCAUGCCCAAACAAUUCAUCGCUGAACAAGGUCUGCAGUUCCAAUGUAUGCAAACCAUUGCCACUAGGUCCAAGCUGCCAUCCAUUGCACUUCUUCUUGACCAAGAAAAAGCAUACGACCGCAUCCACUUCUCCUACCUGGAAGCCUUGAUGAAAGCCUUCAACAUUCCCAGUCCUCCCAUUAGCGUCGUUCUAAACUUCUUCUCAUUAACUAUGAUCCAACCCAAUGUCAAUGGUUUCCUCUCCACUCCUUUACCACAAAUACGAGGCCUGCGACAAGGUGAUCCACUAAGCCAUCUCUCGUUCAACAUCGCUUUUGAUCCCUUUUUGCGAGCGGUUAAUUCGGAUACCCGUAUCCAAGGUUUCUCGUUACCCCCUGACCCUCUCACCGGGUCCACUCCAUCUCCUGUCAAGAUCCUUGCCUAUGCCGAUGAUGCCUUAGCCAUCCUGAACGACGCAUCUGAAUUCUCUGCUCUCGAAGAGCUCCUGCAAAGAUAUAUGGCUGCCUCCAAAGAUUUGUUCAACUACAACAAAACACAAGCGCUGUCUCUUUCGGGUCUCAAUCAACCGCAUUGGACUCAAUUCUUGGCUUCUAAAGGCAUCUCCGCAUGA